AUGGUAUUUUCGGGCAAGAUCACGUUUUCCACGAAUGAUGUUGCUGUUAAUAAUCCGCUUCCUGAAGCGUGGAAGGAUAGUGAGUUGGCUGGAAGUGUGGAUCCAAACACAGUUUUUGUUGGUGAAGAACUAGGCAAUUAUGAACCCAAGACACCGGAGAUGCCUUCCAACCAGCCGGGUGAGGGCGGUGCACCGGUGAUUAUUAGUGAUCAGAAUGGCUUGCGAGAGUCGAAACGAGCUGAACAAGAGUAUGGAUUCAACACGUAUGUCAGUGACAUGAUCUCCAUGAAUCGCACUAUUCCUGAUAUACGAAUGGAA